UCUCGCCGCUCAGCGCGCUGCUCCCCUCACACCUUCAUGCCGCCGACCAGCCCCGCCCUCUCAGCGCCCCCGAGGCUCGCGCUGCUCCCUGCUCGCUACGAAUCCGAAGUUCAAACGGCUCCUUCCAACCGCCUCACCCUGCUGGAGAGACUCGCUGUGGAGGGGAAGGACCCGAACCCGGCGCGAGCUGGGGGGCGGCGGCGGCGGCGCGGAGCUCCCCAAAGGCUUCACAAUAGACACAGAGCGGCGCGUGUGUGUGCGCGUGGGAGGAGGGGCUUCUCCCCGGCCCGGACACACUCGCCAAGCGUGUGGCGGCUGUUUACUCAACACCUGACCGGCCGUCGCCGCCUCCCCUAGGAACUAGGAAGAUGUGGAGACGGGAGUCCAUCUAGAUCCUGCUAUCAAGGAAGUUCAGUACAAUCCCACUUACGACACCAUGUUUGCACCAGAGUUUGGGCCAGAAAAUCCAUUUAGGACUCAGCAGAUGGCUGCACCUAGGAAUAUGCUUUCUGGAUAUGCAGAACCAACACAUAUCAAUGAUUUCAUGUUUGAACAACAAAGAAGAACAUUCGCAACUUAUGGUUAUGCAUUAGAUCCUUCUCUAGAUGAUCAUGACGUUGCUACUAAAUAUAUUGGUUCUGUAGAAGAAGCUGAAAAGAAUCAAGGUUUAACUGUAUUUGAAACAGGACAAAAGAAAUUGGAAAAAAGGAAGAAAUUCAAAGAGAAUGAUGCAUCUAAUAUUGAUGGCUUCCUGGGACCAUGGGCAAAAUAUGUGGAUGAGAAAGAAGUAGCCAAACCUUCAGAAGAAGAGCAGAAAGAGUUGGAUGAAAUAACAGCGAAAAGGCAGAAGAAAGGCAGGCAUGAAGAUGAUAAACCAGGAGAGGAGAAAACUAUCUUACAUGUCAAAGAAAUGUAUGACUACCAAGGAAGAUCCUAUCUUCAUGUUCCUCAAGAUGUUGGAGUUAACCUCCGUUCUACAGUGCCUCCUGAGAAAUGCUAUCUCCCAAAGAAGCAACUCCAUGUAUGGUCAGGACAUACAAAGGGUGUCAGUGCAGUCAGGUUGUUUCCACUCUCUGGCCACAUGUUGCUGUCCUGCUCUAUGGACUGUAAAAUUAAACUAUGGGAAGUAUACGGUGAACGAAGAUGCUUACGAACAUUUAUUGGGCACAGUAAAGCAGUUCGAGACAUCUGCUUUAACAAUGCUGGAACUCAGUUUCUUAGUGCAGCAUAUGACCGGUAUCUUAAACUCUGGGACACUGAAACGGGGCAAUGUGUUUCAAGGUUCACAAACAGGAAGGUUCCCUAUUGUGUCAAAUUCAAUCCUGAUGAAGAUAAACAAAAUCUUUUUGUGGCAGGAAUGUCGGAUAAAAAAAUUGUACAGUGGGACGUUCGAAGUGGGGAGAUUGUGCAGGAGUACGAUAGGCAUUUGGGAGCUGUCAACACUAUUGUGUUUGUGGAUGAGAAUAGACGGUUUGUGAGUACAUCUGAUGACAAGAGCUUAAGAGUCUGGGAAUGGGACAUUCCUGUAGAUUUCAAAUACAUUGCAGAGCCAAGUAUGCACUCCAUGCCUGCAGUCACCUUGUCUCCAAACGGAAAGUGGCUGGCUUGUCAAUCAAUGGAUAAUCAGAUUUUGAUUUUUGGAGCUCAGAACAGAUUCAGAUUAAACAAAAAGAAAAUCUUCAAGGGUCACAUGGUAGCAGGUUAUGCUUGUCAAGUUGAUUUUUCACCUGACAUGAGCUAUGUGAUAUCGGGUGAUGCAGAUGGAAAACUUAACAUCUGGGACUGGAAGACAACAAAACUCUACAGUAGGUUAAAAGCACAUGACAAAGUUUGUAUAAGUGCUGUCUGGCAUCCACACGAAACAUCCAAAGUCAUCACAUGUGGCUGGGAUGGUCUUAUUAAAUUGUGGGACUGAAGGAUGUACUGCUAUGAACUAUAUUUUGAUAAGACAUUUUUG